AUGAAAGGGAUUGGGGACAGGUUGGCGUUUGGUGAAAUAGGAGUUGGAAUUUUUUUCCAUCAAAUCUACUUGAGUGCUUGGUUAUUCAUUGUUAUUCUCAUGUUUAUUUUCAUUAACUUUUGCCUUAGACUAAGGCAGAAUAGACUGAAGAACAAACAGGAGGCAGAUGCUGACCUCGAGUACUUCGAGAAAGGAGCACCUAAUCUGAUAAACCCUGAUCUCACUGUACACGAUCAAGCAGCGCUUCUCCCAUACGACAUAAAGUGGGAAUUCCCCAGAAAAAAAAUUGUGUUAAAGAAACAAUUAGAAAAUGGACAUUUUGGGGCCGUAAUGAAGGCGAAAGCUUACGGGAUCCGUGCCUAUGAGUCCGUUACAACGGUGUCCGUUAAAAUAAUCCCUAAAAAUGCAGAUUUAUUCUACACUCGUGCCCUGAUGAGCGAGCUGAAAAUCAUGACACAUCUAGGAAAGCAUUUGAAUGUCGUGAAUCUUCUAGGUGCCUGUACAAGAAAUAUCUACAAACAACCAAUUUUACAUAUUUUAGAGGAACUGCUGGUAAUUCUAGAGCACUGUAGAUUUGGAAAUUUGCAAGAUUAUCUAUUGCAUCACCGUAAUACUUACAUAGAUCAAAUUGAUCUAUCUACUGGAAAAAUCGAUUCAUCAAUUAGAAAAAUCUCAAAGAGGAAUGAGCCCUUCAUCCAUUGCACUGAUAAGUACCCUCUUGAUAAGUCGAUGAAGCUCAAUGAUGCCUCUAUCUGCGGUGAUUCUCAAUCAGGUAACAUGGACUACAAGUCAAUUUGCACCCAGGAUCUUAUUUCCUGGGCCUUUCAAGUAGCCUGCGGAAUGGAGUUUAUAUCCCAAAGAAAAGUUGCACACGGUAACUUGGCUGUCAGAAAUAUUUUACUGGCGGAUAAUAACAUUGUCAAGAUUUGUGACUACGGUUUUUCUAAGAUAACCUAUGAGUCCGACUAUUGUAGUAAGAGUAAUAAAGGACCAGCACCAACCAAAUGGAUGUCUAUUGAGGCAAUCAGGGACGGGAUCAUCGCUACAAUGUCCGAUGUCUGGUCGUUUGGUGUAGUAAUGUGGGAAUUAUUUACACUCGCAGAGACGCCUUAUUUAGACAUGAACGGACAAGAUAUGUAUCGAAAUCUGAUCAUGGGUUACAGGAUGGAAAAGCCCAUAUAUGCCAACAAUUAUAUUUACAAUAUCAUGCUCCGUUGCUGGCAGGCCGAGCCAACUUCGAGGCCAUCCUUUAGAGAACUAGUUCGAAUCUUGGGCAAGCUUUUAGAUGAUGACGUAAGAAUUUACUUGAUGAAGCUAAACCACAUUAAUGAGAAUAUUAACAAGUUAGAGGCUUUGGAAGGAAAGAAAGACUAUCUAGCCAUGAUGGCAUCACCGGAUAUUGUUACACAUAUCCCACCCCAGAGUAUCUAUAUGAACAUUGAUUUGUCUGGUCGUUAUUAA